GCAAUCCAUUCUCAUUCACAACUCCAAUCCCUCUUCGCUUUAGCAAAUUCCAAUUCCCAAUCCAAAACCCUAAUUUCGUUCAAAGAACCAAUUGUGAUGGCACCAAAGGCAGAGAAGAAGCCAGCGGAGAAGAAGCCCGCGGAGGAGAAGAAGUCGACGGUGGGAGACAAGGCUCCGGCGGAGAAGAAGCCGAAGGCCGGAAAGAAGCUUCCUAAGGAGGGAGGAGCCGGCGGGGAAGGGGGGAAGAAGAAGAAGAGGAACAAGAAGAGCGUGGAGACAUACAAGAUAUACAUAUUCAAGGUGCUGAAGCAGGUCCACCCUGACAUUGGUAUCUCAAGCAAGGCCAUGGGAAUCAUGAACAGCUUCAUCAACGACAUCUUCGAGAAGCUUGCUCAGGAAUCUUCCAGACUUGCCCGCUACAACAAGAAGCCCACCAUCACUUCAAGGGAAAUCCAGACCGCGGUCAGGCUUGUGCUGCCCGGUGAAUUGGCCAAGCACGCCGUUUCUGAGGGUACCAAGGCCGUCACCAAGUUCACCAGAGAGAAGAAGCCAGCGGAGAAGAAGCCGGUGGAGGAGAAGAAGUCGACGGUGGGAGACAAGGCUCCGGCGGAGAAGAAGCCGAAGGCCGGAAAGAAGCUUCCGAAGGAGGGAGGAGCCGGCGGAGAAGGGGGGAAGAAGAAAAAGAGGAACAAGAAGAGCGUGGAGACAUACAAGAUAUACAUAUUCAAGGUUCUGAAGCAGGUCCACCCUGACAUUGGUAUCUCAAGCAAGGCCAUGGGAAUCAUGAACAGCUUCAUCAACGACAUCUUCGAGAAGCUUGCUCAGGAAUCUUCCAGACUUGCCCGCUACAACAAGAAGCCCACCAUCACUUCAAGGGAGAUCCAGACCGCGGUCAGGCUUGUGCUGCCCGGUGAACUGGCCAAGCACGCCGUUUCUGAGGGUACCAAGGCCGUCACCAAGUUCACCAGCUCUUGAACAAAAUAUCUUAACUUUGUUUACCUCGCUCUUGUUUUGCUUCAUGUGUAUCUGUUAGAUCUAGCGACCCUAUGUUUAGGUUUGAACUGGUAGCUUUUUGGUUUUUAAUUUGUAAGUGAAGAAUUAGGAUUGGGUUGAUCCUCUGUGUAUGGAAUUGGUAGAAUUGAUCAUAUAGGAGCAAUUUGAUAAAUGGAAUGGUUGUUUAUGAACUCAUGAUUCUCUA